AUGUUAUUAUAUACAACUUCAAUAUCUCGAAUCGUUAGUUCCAAUGAAAUGAAAACAGCUAUACACAAUUGGCUUCUCGAAAAUCCUCAAGGUAAACAAGGUCGAAAUAAAUAUUCUCUUGUUGAGUUCGGCCUCACUAAAGAAGAUCUCGAAAGACGUUAUGCUGAUUAUAACAAGUUAUUUCUUUCUUCAACAUAUUCGAAUAAUCAAUCUUCAUCGACAAAUCCAAUUCAAUCAUAA